GUCUGUGUGUGUGUGUGUGUUUCUGUGUGUGUUUCUGUGUGUGUGUUGCGUACCGGAGGGGAGCCCUGUCUCUCCGCACAGACCGAGAGACGAAAAGCCCAGCUCGGAGCAUCAAUGAGCGGCGGACAGGAGGAUGCGGACGGCGGUCUGUAACGGAACUACCGGGCGUGUGGAAACGAGGACGACAUGAUUGUGAAUGCUGUAUUCAUCAUUGAUUUAAUUGUCGGCAUUGCUGGAUUUUCCCCCCUUGCCGAAUGAAUCUGAAUGUUGAAGAGGGACCUGCAAUGGAGCGUCGAUCCAGCGCGUGAGAUUUGCUGACCGUCUGUCUGAUUGUAAGCUGAUAUCACAGACAAUAAGAAAUGGAAAUUAGCCAUUAGAUGUAUUGGCAUCUCAUUAUUUGUGUUGGCUUUAAUAGGAAUCCGUGUUUUCAGACCCUGUAGCUAUUUUCCUUUUUUGUUAUGAUCAAGAAGCCAUACUGAAUUUAUUAUUAAUGAUUGAGGAAUCCAUGGUUACACAAUUCACAGGCAGACAGGAGGCCAAUUAAAGGCACCAUUUAAGGUUUCUUAUUUUUUUAUAGUUAUACUGAAUGAUCCUGCUGUUGUUUUCAUAAAGAAAACAAAAAAGCCAGUCAUGUCUAAAAAUAAGAGCAGUGAGUCGGUGAAGGUGGUAGUUCGAUGCCGCCCACUGAACCGAAAAGAGGAGUCCAACGGGCCUGCGGGGACCAUCAUACAGAUGGACAUCCGGCUCGGGCAGGUGAUCCUCAGAAACCCUCGAGCACCAUCCAGCGAGCCCCAGAAAACCUUCACAUUUGAUGCAGUUUAUGAUGCAAACUCCAAACAGCGAGAUCUCUACGACGAGAGUGUUCGGCCGCUGAUAGAUUCGGUUCUCGACGGGUUCAACGGCACCAUAUUCGCGUAUGGGCAAACCGGAACCGGGAAGACGUACACAAUGCAGGGGGCUUGGUUGGACCCGGAGAAACGAGGCGUGAUCCCUAAUGCGUUCGACCACAUCUUCACACACAUCUCCCGCUCGCAGUCUGAUAGGCAGUACCUGGUGCGGGCGUCCUACCUCGAGAUCUACCUGGAGGAGGUCCGGGAUCUCCUGGAUCCCAACCAUGGCAGCGCCAGAGCCUUGGAGCUCAGGGAGAGUCCAGAUUCAGGGGUGUAUGUGCGUGACCUCACAUCGUGUGUCUGCAAAAGCAUCAAGGAGAUCGAGGAGGUGAUGAACGUGGGGAACCAGGCGAGGGCGGUUGGCGCGACUGACAUGAACGAGCAUUCCUCUCGAUCCCACGCCCUGUUCCUGAUCACGGUCGAGUGCAGCCAGCCAGGUCCGGACGGGAGGAAACACAUCCGGGUUGGACGACUCAAUCUGGUGGAUCUGGCUGGAAGUGAGCGCCAAGCAAAGACCGGCGUCCAGGGUGAGCGCCUGAAAGAAGCGGCCAAGAUCAACCUUUCCUUGUCAGCUUUGGGGAACGUGAUCUCAGCUUUGGCCGAUGGGCGAAGCGGCCAUGUGCCGUAUCGGGACUCCAAGCUGACCCGGCUUUUGCAGGACUCUCUAGGUGGGAAUGCAAAGACUGUCAUGGUCGCCACCUUAGGCCCUUCGUCGCAGCACUACGACGAGACCCUGACAACCCUCCGCUAUGCCAACCGUGCCAAGAACAUCCAGAACCAACCGCGGGUCAACGAGGAUCCCAAAGAUGCUCUGCUGCGCGAGUUCCAGAUGGAGAUCGCCCGGCUCCGUGCGCAGCUCAACCACCGAAAGUGGAGGAGCAAGCAGAAAAAGGACGGGCAGGAGGAUGGCGAGAGCUGGGAGAGGGACGGGGACGAAGGGACGGAGGGUGAGGACGAGGACGAGGGCGAGGAGGUGGAGAAGGAAGCGGAGGAGUACGUGAAGCUGGAGGAGCAGAGGCUGGAGAGGGAGACGGAGGCCAUCAGAGGGGAUCAGUUCCUGUUGGCCGAGGAGAAGCAGAGGCUCCUGGGAGAGAAGGAGAGGAUGAUGGGAGUUCUGAGGAAGGAGCAGGAGGCCACCGAGCAGCUGACCGCCAAGUACAAGGCGAUGGAGAGUAAGCUGCUGGUUGGCGGAAAGAACAUCAUCGAUCACACAAAUGAGCAGCAGAAGAUGCUGGAGAUGAAAAGGCAGGAGAUCGCUGACCAGUCUCGCAGCGAGAGGGAGAUUCAGCAGCAGGUGUUGGUCCAGGAUGAAGAGACGGUGGAGCUGAGGGAGACGUUCACUUCUCUGCAACAGGAGGUGGAGGCCAAGACAAAGAAACUCAAGAAGCUUUACGCCAAGCUGCAGUGCAUCAAAGCGGAGAUCCAGGACGUGAACGACGAGCACGUGAGGAGCCGACAGGAGCUGGAACAAACUCAGAACGAGCUCACCAGAGAGCUCAAGUUCAAGUAUCUGAUCAUCGAGAACUUCAUCCCCCCCGAGGAGAAGAAUAAGAUCAUGAACAGGCUCACAUUUGACACCGAGGAGGAUCAGUGGAAGUUUCAGCCUCUUGUUCCUGCUGAAAGUAAAUCCUCUCAGAUGAAGAAAAGGCCGGCAUCUGCAGUCGGAUACAAACGACCCAUCAGCCAGUACGCCAGGGUUGCAAUAGCGAUGGGAGCUAACUCCAGAUACAGGGCUGAGAACAUCAUGUUUCUGGAGCUCGACAUGACACCUCCAAACACCACCUCUCUGGAUCGCUCAGGGGAGGCGGAGUCAAACCAAAGUCACUCCGUGGACAGCUCGCCCACCAAGGACAGAGGAGUCCGCAAGUCUCGCUCCUGGUGUCAGACUCCUAAAUCCAUGGCCUCCUCUUCUUCUAAUGUUUCCUUGUCGGCAUGUCAAACUGCUGCAGCCAUGGCAGCUCAGUAGAGCUUUAGUGGAGACUUUUUUUUAUUGAUAUUUAUUUAAUUCCUUCCCAUCCUCUCCUUUUUAUUUUUUUCCUUCUGGAGGAUUUCUCAAUGAGGCCUACGGCUGGGAACACUUCACCAUCGUCUCUCCUGCUGAAUCCUGACAGAUUAUAAGAAAUGAAUGAGGAUGUAUUCUUCUGACAGGACACUAACUUUAAGGACCUCAGAAACUCUGGAAAAACAGCAUUUCAUCCUGUUGUACGGAUGUCAAGACCCACCAGGACCCCUUCUUCCCUGCAUGAGCCUUGGAUCAUCCUCUUUAACAACUGGCUUCGACCAGACUGUCCUGUGUGUGUGUGUGAGAGUGUGUGUGCGUGUGUGUGUGCGUGUGAGUGCGUGUGUGUGUGUUUGUUGUGUACAUACAGGGCUGUAUGAUUGCCUGUUUGUGUUUCUAAAUGUGACCAAUACAGCUUGAAUCGCCUGUAAGAUAACCAGUGUAGAUAUUUCAUGUAUUACGGGGGGGUUAGACUCUGGGCAGGUUUUGUCUGUUUUCUGUGUAAAAACGAAGACAAAUUAAUUCACAAAGAUGAGAGUUUACGUCUGUGUCAGCUGAAAUUGUCAACGUUGGUCAGAUGAGGUGCUCGGAAACCUGAAUGAUGACCUUUAUCACGCCUGUCGAUUCACAAUAGUCAACAUUUUUUCACGCUACCUUCUCAAAAAAAAACACAUUGUAUGUAAAAAAAAAAAGAAAGUGUCCGUCUGCUACCUAUUUGUUUGGAGACUGUUGUACUGUCACCAUGUUGUGUUUUGGAGCAAGAAUUGGCCACAUUAAGACGAGAGGGUCGACCUAGGGAGGAGCUAAGUUGUCAGCUAACAUCAGCACUAGCGUGAUUAGCAGUUGUAUCUGUUACGGUUGGUAUGGUAUUUGCUGGGUUGCUUAAUAAUUUUUAAAAAAAGCAUUAAAGUUUUCUUGCUGAAAAAAACCAACAGUCCCCUACAUUUAAAGCUCCUGUAAGGCGUUUUCAGCAGGUUAUGAAACAGACUGAAAUAAAGAUUGAUGCCUCGUCAUGAGCUACAAAAACAACCCAGACCUUUAGCAUAACGAUUGUUUCUUUCUAUUCAGUCAUUUUUAAUUCUUUAACCAGCUGCCGCGGGAUAGGUGUCAAAGGAGAUGACUAACAACACGCUGCAGAAACAUGUUUUUCCCUUCAUUGCACAGCAAAUAUUCCCAAUUAUUUAUAAAUGUCACGGUUUAAAAAAAUCGAGAGAUGAGAAAAAGAAAAAAAGAAAUGAGUGAACAUUUUGUCCACAGGGGGCGCCAAAAACAACCCAAACUAAAUCCCCUCUCUGGAGCUUUAAAGUUGUAAUUGAGACAUUCCCAUGUUGUUAGAGUGUACAGUUCUGUCUGUAUCGGAUAAACUAAAGGUAACCUAACAUUAUCUAAGUGCACAUGGUCAGAGUUGACCUUACUGGUUGGAGUUGACCUCAUUGGCCUGUUGUUUGGACAGCAGUCUGCACUCAGGUGUGUUCAUGUUAGUGUCACUGGGUUUCUUUACCUGCAGGAGGUUAAGAGGAGCAGACGGGGGUCAGGCUGUCUAAUGAUCUUUGUAUUAUUGAUGAUAGAGAUCCGGUUACAGAUACAUCCCCCUGCAGGCUGUAAGAGAGCAGUAGACAACAUGCUUUAGCAAUGUGCUGCAUUUACAUCAAGUUUUCCCCCUUCAUGUACCAAAUGAUAACUACCCGAACAUUAAACCAUAUCUUUGAUCACAUUAAAGUGACUGAAAUGUAUGUCUGGAGAUGUUCUGUUUCCACAAACGUUAAUUAAGAGAUCAGUCCUGAGGCAUUCAAAUUGAAGUGUUACAGUGUUUAGACCAAAUUCAAAUAAAAAAAUGUUUCACUUAAGCACAAAUACACUUAAAUUUGACUCUUUUCCAACAAGCCCUUCUCUUUUUGCUGUCUCUGUAUAUUUAUGAUGUUGAAUCAAAGAGAUUCAAAGGCCCGCAGACAAUAAAAAUACUCCUCCACUUCUGAUUCUCCGUUGCAUCAGGAACAUGUCACCACUGAUAGGUCAAUGCAAAAAACAGUUUCAUGCAAAGAUUUGUUUAAAAAUGAAAAAUGUAUACUAGUACUGUCUAAUAUUUUCAUGCGUUCAUGUCUUCUUGUGUCUCUUUUGCACCUUGUAAAACGUUUGCUUUGAUCACAGCAUACCUUUGUGUUACCUUUCUCCUUCUAGAGAUGCAUAAUGAUUGUUUAUAUUAAGAGCAAAUAGCUUCUACUGAUGAGAAUACGAUCUGUGAAAUUUGUAAAAUUGAAUAAUGUCACACAAGUUCCCAAUGCACAAAUUGAUAGUUAAACAUUUCUGUCCAACUAACAACCUAAAUCCAAAAAAAUGUCCAUUUCACAAGGAUUAUAAAAACAAAAGAGAAAACAUCAGCAAGUCCUCACAUUUUGACGAGCUUCAGCAAGAAGAACGGCCGAACCAGUUCUUGUUACGAAUUACAGUCUUGUGUUUUCAGUGAACCUCAAAUCCGUGUUAACCUACUUCCUUUACUGUGUCAGACAUUUGCAGAAGCGCACGGAUGUGUUUAGUCAACAGUAAACGGGUACAUAAUUGACCCAAUUUGUCAUGGAGAAAAGCUUUGGAUACUUUGAGGCUCCAUGAAAAUGUUGAUUUUUCGUGUUGAUGAGGGUAAAAAUGAGGGUUCAAAUACACGCAAUCAUACCUUUAAUGAAGCAACAGAAAAACAAGUGUAUUACUGAGUAGGUUGUACAUUUAUUUUGGAGGUUUUUAAAGCGAGACUUCGUCUUUCGGGCCUCAUUGUUUCCAAUAUUCAUCAGAUAAAGAUUGAAAUGACUGAAUCAGAUGUUUAAGAAAUUGACAGCAGUGUCUUCAAAUAUUUAUUAUAGUAUGCUGAUUAUUUCCCUGUAUUAAAUGCAGAGUCAGUAUUCUCUACUGCCUGAAGAUAUCGUGAAUUUUGGUCUAAAAAUAGAGCAGACAGUGGUGCAAAGAUGGACGUGAUUGGUUUAAAUUUUAUUUGAAACCAAAGUAAAAUAAAUGUGUUGCAUCUCA